AUGCAGUUCUCAACUAUCCUUCCUCUCUUUGUUGCCGCCAUGGGCAUUGUAGCUACUCCCGUCAACUCUCCUGCCCAAGAGCUUGAUGCUAGAGGCAACCUGUUGCCUCGUCUGGAAUACUGGGGAAAAUGCACCAAGGCCGAGAAUCGAUGCAAGUACAAGAACGACAAGGGCAGGGACGUUCUUCAGAAUUGCCCCAAGUUUGACAACAAAAAGUGUACCAAGGAUGGUAACAGCUGCAAGUGGGACAGUGCUUCAAAGGCGCUCACCUGCUACUAA